ACUAAGACAAUUAUUGAUAACACCGGGAACUACAAUUUACCAAUCUGCGUGUAAAAAUGACGUGUAAAUAAAUUCAAAAAUUAGGUACUAUAUUGUUGUGAAAAGUGUCAUUUUAAUAAUCUGUAACUCAGAACCUUUUCUUGAAAAGUUUCUCCACAUUGCGGAAGAUCGGUCCACUAAAGAAAACAUUCCAAAUGUACUGAGCGUUCAACCACAACUUUCUUCGUGUUCGGAUUUCUCUCUGGUAGAUGAUAGAUGAUGCUUAGUGUUUGUACCUGUAGAUAAUCUAUACUUUUCGAGACAUUAGAUUUUUUACGAUUUCAAGAAAGUUUAUCGAACGAUUUACACAAUGGUUUUGAUGACCAUGAUUGGCCGUAUCCCGGACGGCUUACCAUUAGCUGCAACUAUACAAGAAGACGAACAGCAUGGAAGAAACUUAAUUGAUUAUCAGAAUCAAGCUAAAUUGUUAUUUCGUAAAUUGAACAGUCAAAGUCCCGCGCAAUGUUCAAUCGAAUCUGGGCCUUUUCUUUUUCACUAUUUAAUUGAUCACGAUGUCUGCUAUUUGGUAUUAUGUGAGAAAACUUAUUCUAAACGUUUAGCUUUCUCGUUCUUAGAGGAUAUCGCCGGAGAAUUCAAUUCACAGUAUGGUAAAAGGGUUAAUGUUGUUACAAGACCGUAUUCCUUUAUAGAAUUUGAUACGUACAUCCAGAGAGCGAAAAAAAAUUAUACAGAUUCUAGAGUUCGAAGGAAUUUGAAUAAUUUGAAUAACGAAUUGCAAGAUGUCCAGAGAAUUAUGGUUCAAAAUAUAGAUGAUGUUUUACAGAGAGGAACAGUUUUAUCUGAGCUUGAUAAUAAAGCACAGAAUCUCUCGAUGUUAUCGCAGAAAUAUAAAAAAGAUGCUGCAUAUUUGAAUAUGAAAUCAUUUUACAUGAAAGUAACUGCUGGAUGUAUAAUUGUUGCUGUAUUUAUAUUGUAUUUUUGGGUUUUUUAAUUACCGUUUUCUCAAAUUUAUCUAUUUAUCGGACUAUUUGUCCAACUUCAUUUGUAGCAUAUAAUUUGCGGUUACAGGAUCCCGUGAUUUACACGAUAUACUAUUAAGUGAAAAUGAAAAUGAUGGUUAUAAUUGUUUAUGUUUUGUAUUAUGUUAGAUUCCAUUAGAAUUGUAUGUUCAAUAAACAACACAAUAUUAUACAAA